CUGCUCUCUUCAACCCGGUAAGAAUCGAAGAAGAGCGAAAAAAUGGAAGAAGAAGAAGCAGCAGCAGCAGCAGGAGCAGGUGAAGAGGAGAGCGUGGUAGUGAAACUGGAGAAGCAUGUGGUGGGAUCUCUCCCCACACUCAUCUACAUCCCCAAUUUCAUCUCCAGAUCCGACCAAUUCCAGCUCCUCCACCACAUCUACGAGGUGUCAUCGUCGCGGUGGAAAUCGCUCAAGAAUCGGAGGUUGCAGAAUUGGGGUAGUGGGGUGGUGCACGAAAAGGGACUUUUGCCACAGCAACUGCCUGCUUGGCUGACAAAAAUAACCGAAAGAAUUUGCGCGCAGACGGGUUUAUUUCCGUCGCCUAUUAACCACGUACUCAUCAAUGAAUAUUUACCAGAUCAAGGGAUCAUGCCUCACCAAGACGGUCCUGCGUACUUCCCUGUCGUCGCAAUCUUAUCUCUUGGAUCGCCUGCUGUGAUCGACCUCACUCCGCACCAAAGGAUUAAAGAAUGCGCGCCUGCAGCAGUCGAGACCGAGGUGUCGAAAGAGAGAGAUAGACUGUCGCUGACGAGUGAGUUUGCACAUGAGAAGAACAUUGACCAUCAUCAUCUUUGCUCUCUUCUAUUGAUGCCGUGCAGCUUGUUUGUUUUCAAAGAUCAGGCUUAUUCAGAUUACCUGCAUGGUAUAGAAGAUUCUGAACUGCAAAGACUAGAUAAGGUUGUGAAUAUCUCAGAAGUUUCAGAGUUGGAGCAACCAAACCGUAGUCGGAUGCAGGAUGAAGCGGUUAAUUUCAGCAGCGUUGGUCAAAACGGCAUCUUACAGAGAACUUCGACUCGAGUGUCGUUAACAUGUCGUUUGGUGCCGAAAGUUCACAGGAAUCUGUUCAAGUUCUGAGUGAUAUAUCUUUCGAUAUUCUUGAAAUCUAACUGACAAUGGAAAAAUUUUUUGAUUACAAGGGGGAGUGAUAGUAGAGCAUAAAAUGCAGAGAUUAUUUGUGGAACAGAACAGUUUUGAGACGAGAGUUUUUAGGUAAACUUAUCUGUGGAGUCAUUUGAUGUAACAGUGGAUGCUAUCUUACUUUUCUUCUUUGCUCAUUAAGUUUGAUGUAAGAUAUUUCUAAUGGCUUUUUUUUUUUUUAUAAAUUCGAGAUUAGAAGCUCUAAUGUUUCUAUCAGGAAAGCAUGGAGCUUCUGCUACAGUGAGAAAUUUAACCAA